UAACCCUUUGACUGAAACACGUAUGCAGUUCAUCCACGUAUUCCCUAAACCCCUCCAAGAUGAUGUUGUGAAAUCCGAAGCAGACUUUGAUAUUUGAUCAAUGGCGAUCUUCAGAUCUCUCAAAACCCUAAUCACCAAAAACUCUAAAACUCGCCCCUUCUUCACAACAACCACUACACUCUUUUUAAAGCCUCCUUUAUACAGUCCUCUCUCGCACCGACUCCCUUGCUUCGCUCCCUUUCAGGGUCCUCUCUUCCUCUCAUUUCCUCCGUGGAAGCUAUCCCAAUCCGCUACUCCACUAAACGGUGUUUUUCUCAGGAAAGUUCAGGCCUUGAAUUCGGAGUUGAUUCGUGACGGUAUUAAACUUCCCUCCAAGUUGAGAUUCGGGUCGGACGUGUUGAAUCGAGCUGAGGAUGAGGUUGGCAGACAGGGCUUGCUGAAUAGCUUCGUGAAUUUGCCCAAUUUGGUCUCGAUGAGUCGUUUGGUUUCGGGACCUUUCAUUGGAUGGAUGAUCAUGAAUGAAAUGUAUUCUUCCGCUUUUCUGACUUUGGCUAUUUCCGGAGCGACUGACUGGCUUGAUGGAUAUAUGGCUAGGAGGAUGAAAAUUAAUUCUGUUGUUGGUUCUUACCUUGAUCCCCUUGCUGACAAGGUUCUCAUUGGUUGUGUUGCUCUGGCAAUGGUACAUAUGGAUCUGCUGUACCCUGCACUUGUUGGAAUUGUUGUACUGCGAGAUGUUGCCCUUGUUGGUGGUGCCUUUUAUAUAAGAGCUAGUAGUUUGGGAUGGAAGUGGAAAAGCUGGUCGGAUUUCAUCAAUCUUGAUGGAACCUCUCCCCAGAAGAUUGAGCCUCUUUUUCUGAGCAAGGUUAAUACAGUAUUCCAGUUGGUUUUGAUUGCAGCAGCCCUUCUGCAACCUGAGUUUGGAACCCCUGAAACUCAAUCAUACAUCACCUACUUGAGCUUGUUGACUGCUUCAACUACUGUGGCCUCUACAAUAGCAUACGGUGGACAGUACAUGAGGAAGAAGUCAGCUUUGAUCGCAAGGAAGUUGUAGUUUAAAUCUUACAGCAGAAACCCUAGAGAAAGACUGGUUGGUCACUGUGGAGUCGGAUGAGGUACCAGUUUUUCCUAGUUGCUGAUGCAGAAAAAGACAUUUCUAUGGUUCUCAGGCAAUGCAAAGAGGUAGAAGGGAAGCUCUGUUUAGAUUUCCCUAUCCCUCUUGCCUCAAUCCAUAAACGUGCUUCAGGGAAGCUGUGAUCUCCCCCAAAUAUACAAAUUAUUGCAGUGGAUCAAUAAUGAAGUGUUGGCAGAUAUUAACCUGUUGAAAUUGUGGAAGGAGGGUCUAUAGCGAAGAGCUCCAAUUUGUAUAGCAUUCACUUGAAACGGAAAUUGAAAAGAGAAUAGCCAACUAUGAAGCGUUUACAUAAACAAUUUUGUUAAUGUUUGCCAAGUCUAAUGUAUGAAAAAAAAUUUCAUUUUACUU